CGUCACGAACGCCUUCUCUGCUGCUGCCUUGCCCCUGCACGAGACACCGACWGCACCGUCCUUGCACACAGUUAGCCCGGAAAGAAAAUCGAGAACCAUGUCCAUUCUGAAGAUCCACGCUCGUGAGAUUUUUGACUCCCGUGGGAACCCCACCGUGGAGGUUGAUCUGUACACUAAGAAAGGUCUUUUCAGAGCUGGAGUUCCCAGUGGUGCUUCCACAGGUGUCUACGAGGCUCUGGAGCUCCGUGACAAUGACAAAACACGCUUCAUGGGCAAAGGAGUCAAAAGAGCAGUUAAAUAUAUAAAUGAGUUCUUGGCCCCUGCAUUAUGUAAUCAGGAUGUGAGUGUUUUGGAGCAGGAGAAGAUUGACAAACUGAUGUUGGACAUGGAUGGCACAGAGAACAAAUCCAAGUUUGGUGCUAAUGCCAUCCUGGGGGUCUCCCUGGCUGUGUGCAAGGCUGGUGCAGCAGAGAAGGGCGUUCCCCUCUACCGCCACAUUGCUGACCUGGCUGGCAACCCUGAAGUCAUUCUCCCAGUCCCUGCUUUCAAUGUCAUCAACGGUGGCUCCCACGCAGGCAACAAGCUGGCCAUGCAGGAGUUCAUGAUCCUGCCGGUCGGAGCCAGCAGCUUCAAGGACGCCAUGAGGAUUGGUGCUGAAGUCUACCACAACCUGAAGAAUGUCAUCAAGGAUAAAUAUGGCAAAGACGCCACCAAUGUGGGAGACGAGGGUGGCUUCGCCCCCAACAUCCUGGAGAACAAAGAAGCUCUGGAACUGCUAAAGAAUGCCAUCGCCAAGGCUGGCUACACCGACAAGAUUGUCAUCGGCAUGGAUGUGGCUGCCUCUGAGUUCUACAAGGAUGGAAAGUACGACUUGGACUUCAAGUCUCCAGAUGAUCCCAGCCGCUACAUCUCCCAUGACAAGCUGGCUGAUAUUUACAAGGGCUUUGUCAAGGAUUACCCAGUGGUUUCCAUUGAAGACCCCUUUGACCAGGACGACUGGGAGGCAUGGACCAAAUUCACAGAGGCCACCAGCAUCCAGGUGGUGGGUGACGAUCUCACCGUCACRAACCCAAAGCGUAUCGCCAAGGCUAUCGCUGAGAAGUCCUGCAACUGCCUGCUUCUGAAGGUCAACCAGAUCGGCUCGGUCACGGAGUCCCUGCAGGCCUGCAAGCUGGCCCAGAGCAAUGGCUGGGGUGUGAUGGUCAGCCACCGCUCCGGAGAGACAGAGGACACCUUUAUUGCUGAYCUUGUUGUUGGCCUCUGCACUGGACAGAUCAAGACUGGUGCUCCUUGCCGAUCUGAGCGUCUGGCCAAGUACAACCAGCUUCUCAGGAUUGAGGAGGAGCUUGGUGACAAAGCCCGUUUUGCAGGCAAGAACUUCAGGCACCCCAUCUGAGCAAGGGUKGGGGCUCUUCUUCCUCGGGCCACUGUGUGUUCAUUGCUCAAUAAAUAAUCCUCACACAUACAAACGCUGCGCUAGUACGCCUUCCCUAUAUGGAGAAGAUGAUGGAGACACCACCUAUAAUCCAAGGUCCAAGUCUGUGGGCCGUGGCGUUGAUAAGCGACUCUACAUCCUGGUGCAGCCACGGCUCAGCUCAUCCUCAAACCAUGCUUUAGCUCCUGAAUAGUGUCGGUCUUUGUGUUUUAGUGUCUGUGUUUAUUGUGUGAGAUUUCUUAUAGCUUCUUGUGAGUUGUAGUGAUCGUGAACCUUGGAUUAUUUGAGCAAAUGUAAUUUUAGUAAGGUUCGGCCUUAACCCGGUGGUAAAGAGUUCUGUAUGUGCAAUGUGAGCUGCAUCUGACAGCGUCUUGUGUUGCUGUAACUGUUGGCAGAAGUAUAUAAUAAAGUAAUAUAGUUUCAAA